AUGGCCACAGAGAAUCCUUUGAGAUUCAUAGGGAAUAAUGGAGCUGGAAAUUGGACCCUUAAUAAGGACACAUCACAAUUUGCAUCAUCAGACAAUAUAGUUUCAGAAGAGUUGGGAUCGCUUCUAAAAGGGCAAAGGUUCCAUGGGAACAAUAGCAUCACUGGCCUCAGUCGAAGUGGAAGUGCACCUCCUAGCAUGGAAGGCUCUCGUGCAGCGUUUGAUAUCCUGGAAGACCGGACUGCUGACUUGGAUGGCAGCUUGGAAAACUUGAGCAAUGCAGCUCAAAAUUGUAAUUCUGAAGAGCAACUCUGUGCUCAUCCAGCUUACUUAGCAUACUACUGUUCAAAUGUGAAUUUAAAUCCGAGGCUUCCUCCACCUCUUAUCUCUCGGGAGAAUCGGCAUUUGAUGCAACACAAUAGUGGGUUUGAGGACAAUAGGAGAAUGCCCUCAUUUGAUGACAGCAACAAGGCAUCUUUCUUUGUCUCUCGACCUGCCCUCUCUACUCACGAUGAGGAACCUGAGGAUGAUAGGUCACCUAGAGUGGAACAUACUGACUGGAUGAAGGCUGAUGUUGUUUCUGGGCAUUUCACUCCUUCACCAGGACAUUUAGCUCAGAAAGAUUUUCCCCAGACUUCAUCUCCUGUGUAUGCUGAUCAUUCUCAUCCCUCGAGUCACAUAAUGUUAGAACAAGCACCUAAUCAAGGUGCCUUUCUGAACCCUCUACAAGAAUCUUCAAUGGGCAUUACUGACCCAGAGACAAGAUCACCCAGUAUUGCUGCCAAUGCUUGUAUUCCUCAUCUAGGCUCCCAUUCAGUUCAAUCAAUGUUGAAUGACAAUCUUGGUGGCACGCCAGUUACAUGCUCAGCAUCCACUGACAAGACAGUGAACCUACACCAAGGUUGUGGUAAUAUUGAAGAUGAUUUGAAGAACUUAAGGUUGUCUUCUGAUGGCCACAGAAGGCAUCAACCACAGCAAUACAUGCAGCAAGUUGGCAUUUACCCACAAAGCUCAUCUUCUCAUGCUCAGAUUGGUCAGUCUCAGGUUAUUGUCCAAGGACAUUAUCCUCAAAGUACCGGGGAUCGUUUUUCUCAUGGCCAACCAAAGUUACCCUCGGUUGAAGUUCAGCCUUUGUUGCAAUCCUCUGGCAUUGCUCCAUUGUAUGUCACAGCAGCUGCAUAUGGAACUCCAUAUUACCACAAUUUGCAAUCUUCUAGCCUACUUCCUUCCCAGUUUGGCAUAAGUGGAUAUGCGUUGAAUCCCUCACUAGUGCCUCCGCUUGUUACUGCUUAUCCUCAUCAUCGUAGUGGUAUUCCAGUGCCUUUUGAGAAUGCUGUGGGCCCAAACUUCAGUGCUAGGGCUUCUGGAGUUUCUGAUGGGGGAAAUGUUUCUGGAAUCGACAUGCAGCACUUGCAUAAGAUAUACGGGCAGCUGGGUCUAGCUAUCCAGCCUCCCUUUCCAGAUCCUUUGUAUGUGCCUUUUUAUAAUUAUCCCUCUUUGGAUGCAUAUGCUGCUGCAGGUCAAUAUGAUCCAACAAUCUCCAGGGGAGGUUCUGUGGGAAGCUCACCAGGUACUUAUGAUCCACAAAAAGCUCCAGGUCCUGCGCAUUUACCUGAUCAGAGGCCCCAAGUCAUGAGAGUUGGUGGUGUCAACACUCUCAAUCUCAAUGCUAUAACAGGAGGCACUGGUAGUCCCAGUUACUAUGGGAGCUCUCCAAACAACAGUGUCCUGAUGCAAUUUCCUAGCUCCUCGCUUGCCAGUCCUGUUUUUCAAGGAUCAACAGUUGCUGGAACAAGCUUUUCAGGAAGGAAAAAUGACAAUAUUAAAUUUCCAUUCGGCUCUGAAAGAAAUGCUGGUUCUUUAUCCGGGUGGCAAAACCAAAGAGGACGUGAGAAGGUUGAUGAACCAAAAUCAUACUCUUUCCUUGAAGAGCUAAAGUCCAACAGAGCUCGUAGAUAUGAGUUAUCUGAUAUUGCUGGGCAUAUUGUUGAAUUUAGUGCUGAUCAACAUGGGAGUCGAUUUAUUCAGCAAAAGUUAGAGACUUGUAGUGUUGAUGAAAAAGCAUCAGUUUUCAUGGAAGUUCUUCCGCAUGCUUCUUCACUAAUGACUGAUGUUUUUGGGAAUUAUGUAAUUCAAAAGUUUUUUGAGCAUGGGAGUCCUGAACAGAGGAGAGAACUUGCUAAUAAGCUGGUUGGCAAUGUUUUGCCUUUGAGCCUUCAGAUGUAUGGCUGUCGUGUAAUUCAAAAGGCACUUGAGGUUAUUGAGCUUGAUCAGAAAACACAGCUUGUGCAAGAACUUGAUGGAAAUGUUAUGAGGUGUGUUCGAGAUCAGAAUGGGAACCAUGUAAUUCAAAAGUGCAUUGAGUGUAUACCAACGGAAAAAAUUGGAUUUAUAAUAUCUGCAUUUCAUGGUCAAAUUGCAACACUUUCUACACAUCCUUAUGGCUGCCGAGUAAUUCAGAGAGUCUUGGAGCAUUGUACAGAUGAAUCUCAAAGUCAAUGGAUCGUGGAUGAGAUUUUGCAGUCAGCCUGCCUGCUUGCACAAGAUCAGUAUGGCAAUUAUGUCACACAGCAUGUUUUGGAGAGGGAAAAACCACAUGAAAGAAGCCAGAUCAUCAGCAAAUUAUCUGGACAGAUUGUACAGAUGAGCCAGCACAAAUUUGCCUCAAAUGUUAUUGAGAAGUGUUUGGAGUAUGGCAAUACUGAAGAAAGAGAUCACUUGAUCAAGGAAAUACUUGGACAAACUGAAGGAAAUGACAAUUUACUGGUAAUGAUGAAGGAUCAAUUUGCAAAUUAUGUGGUUCAGAAGAGUCUUGAAACAUGCACUGAUAAUCAGCGUCAAAUCUUGCUCGAUCGCAUAAAAGUUCAUCUGCAGGCUUUGAAGAAAUACACCUACGGGAAACAUAUCGUUGCACGAGUUGAACAGUUAUGCAGUGAAGUCCAGAUUUUUCGGAAUCAUGAAAUGUGAAGCAAAGUUGGCUGCAUGGCAACGCUGCUGAAUCCCUGAGAUGAACCCCAUAAGCUCCGCUGCUGCUGCUGCUGGUGGUGCACUGGUUCAUGAGAAGGAACCAACGUCUCCUAUAAUGCAGUGAACUGAUGUACACAGGUCAGUGCUCCUAAAAGUAGAUCGAUGUCUUAGCUCUAUAUAUUGUAUGUGGGAACGAUGUCAUGUGUAUCUAUAGGACGAGCCUAGCGUAUGUAAGGGUUACUUGGUUUAAAGGGGGUUUGCAUAUCCUACACGAUCAAUUGUAGUGCUGAUGGGGAAGAGAAGCAUUCGUUCGAUGAAUCGUUACUAA